AUGUAUUUGAAAAUUAUUUCUAAUUUACAAAAAGAAUUAGAAAAUAGAAAUUCUUCUAUUAUAGAAUUAGUUGAGCAUGUUUUAAACAAAAUUAACGAAUCGGUUAGUACUGAUUUAGAAGUUUAUCAACAAGAAGAAGAAAUUCAACAAGAAAUAGUUAUUUAUCAACAACAAGAAGAAGUUCAACAAGAAAAAAUUAUUUAUCAACAACAAGAAGAAGAA